GGCGCCGGCGACGAGGAAGAGGACGCGGCUCGGGCCAUGGAAGGCGCGGAGGCGGGAGUGUCGGUCGGAUCGCCGGGUGCGCCCGGGCCCGAGGAGCAGGGCGGGGCGGGCGGACGCCCGGGGCGGUGGCGGCGGCCGUUGGGGUGUGACCGUCCCGCCCCGCGUGGCUCCUGGCGCUGCCACGAGGGCGGCUGCCUGCUGCCUCCUGUUUUGAGACCCGAGAGGGGUGGCUUCGCGUCGUAGACGCUGAGGUUCAUGAUCGGGCGGUGCCAGCAGGAAGUCCUUCCUCCAGAGUCAUAGUACACGUGGACCUGGACUGCUUUUAUGCACAAGUAGAAAUGAUCUCAAAUCCGGAACUAAAGGGCAAACCCUUAGGUGUUCAGCAGAAAUAUUUGGUGGUUACCUGCAACUAUGAAGCUAGGGAACUUGGAGUAAAGAAACUUAUGAAUGUAAGAGAUGCAAAAGAAAAGUGUCCACAGCUGGUGUUAGUUAAUGGAGAAGACUUGACGCGUUACAGAGAGAUAUCAUACAAGGUUACAGAGUUGUUGGAAGAAUUUAGUCCAGUUGUUGAGAGACUUGGAUUUGAUGAAAAUUUUGUGGAUCUAUCAGAAAUGGUUGAGAAGAGACUACAGCAGCUUCCAAGUGAUGACCUUUCAGCACUGACUGUGUCAGGUCAUGUAUACAAUAAUCAGUCUAUAAACCUGCAUGAUGUCUUGCACAUCAAACUACUUGUUGGAUCUCAGAUUGCGGCAGAGAUGCGGGAAGCCAUGUACAAUCAACUGGGUCUCACUGGCUGUGCUGGAGUAGCUUCCAAUAAAUUACUGGCAAAAUUAGUUUCUGGCAUCUUUAAACCAAAUCAACAAACAGUCUUACUACCUGAAAGUUCUCAAGAUCUCAUUCAUAGUUUGAAACACAUAAAGGAAAUGCCUGGUAUUGGCUAUAAAACUGCCAAACGCCUGGAAGCACUGGGUAUCAGUAGUGUGCAUGAUCUUCAGACCUUUUCAUCCAAAAUAUUAGAAAAGGAAUUAGGAAUUUCCAUUGCUCAGCGUAUCCAGAAGCUCAGUUUUGGAGAAGAUAACUCUCCUGUAACACCCUCAGGACCACCUCAGUCCUUUAGUGAAGAAGAUUCACUUAAAAAAUGUUCAUCAGAAGUUGAAGCUAAAAGUAAGAUCCAAGAAUUACUUGCUAGUCUUUUGAAGAGAGUAUGCCAAGAUGGAAGGAAGCCACAUACAAUAAGAUUAAUAAUCCGUCGGUAUUCAUCUGAGAAGCACUGUAGCCGUGAGAGUCGUCAGUGCUCUAUUCCAUCCCACAUAAUUCAGAAGUUUGGGAUAGGAAGUUAUGAUGUGAUGACGCCAAUGGUUGACAUACUUAUGAAACUUUUUCGAAGCAUGGUGAAUGUGAAGAUGCCAUUUCAUCUUACCCUUUUAAGUGUGUGCUUCUGCAACCUUAAAUCACUAAAUACUACUAAGAAAGGGACUAUUGAUUAUUAUUUAACACCAUCAUUAUCAACAACUUCAUGCUCUGGCAAGCGCAGUUUUAAAAUGAAAGAUACUCAAAUGGAGGAUUUUUCGAAAGACAAAAAAACAAAUUGGGAUUUUCUACCAACUGGAAGAAUUGAAAGUCCAAGAACUGGGGAGUCUCCACUAAGUUUUUCUAAAGAUCAAAACAGUGAUGAUUUCCCACUCUGCUCACUUCCUGAGGGUAUUGACCAAGAAGUCUUUAAACAGCUUCCAGUAGAUAUUCAAGAAGAAAUCCUGUCUGGAAAAUCUAGAGAAAAAGUUCAAGGGAAAGGAAGUUUGAGUUCUCCAUUACAGGCCUCUAGAGGAAUAUUAUCUUUCUUUUCUACAAAACAAAUGCAAGAUAGUCCCUUAAAUCCUAGAGAUAAUUUAUCUAAUAGCAAACAGAUAUCCUCAUUGUCUCCCUGUGAACCAGGAACCUCAGGCUUAAAUAACAGUUCCUCUUACCUGUCCAGCCAAAAGGAUUAUUCACAUUAUUUAAACAGUAGCUUAAAAGAUGAACGAAUGAGUCAAGGACCUAAAAAGUCUCAAAGAUUCCACUUUUCAAAUACAAACCCCACUGGAUCUGUUUUUCAUUCAUUUCCAAAUUUGCAGAGUGAGCAACUUUUCUCCAAAAACCGCACUACAGAUAGCCAUAAGCAACCGACAGCUGCGGCGUCUCAUUACGGAGGACUUGCAGAAAAUAGAGAGCAAGAUUCUACUGCUGAGAAAAUUACUUUUCCUUCUGAUGUUGAUCCUAAAGUUUUCUAUGAACUUCCAGAAGAGGUACAAAAAGAACUGUUGGCUGAUUGGAAGAGAAGAACAGGAUCAGAUUUUCACGAUGUACAUAAAUAAGCAUGUUCAGAAAAAAGGUCUAAAAAACAAGGGGAAGAUCAUUGUUCUCAGAUUAGCAGUUUAUUAAGCUCGUCUAAAUGAAACACUAAUCAAUAUUUAAUAAUGUCACAAUCCAAUAUAAAAUGUUCUAAAGCAAGAAUAGUUAUGGGAAGUAAAUUCUGACACAAAAUAUAAAAAACUCAUAAUAGGAGAAAUAAUGUUAAACAUUACCUUCUUAUUUCUAAAACUAUUUUAUAUUGCUUUUCAAUAAAAAUAUAUCUUAGCAUUAGUUCAUUUCCCAUAAAAUUAGGGGAAAGAUAUACUGUAUAUGCCUGCAUAUAAAAAAUAGACUGGUCAAAUCAUUGCUAUGCCAUAGCAAAUAACUUUUUCUAUGAAAUAUGGAAUAUUUCAAGAAAUUUAGCACAUUAAGAAACAGCCAAAACCCGGCUGGUGUUGCUCAGUGGUUGAGCAUCAACCUAUUAACCAGGAGGUCAUGGUUUGAUUCCCAGUCAGGGCACAUGCCCAGGUUACCAGCUCGAUCCCCAGUAGGGGGCGUGCAAGAGGCAGCAGAUCAAUGAUUCUCACUCAUCAUUGAUGUUUCUAUUUCUCCCUCUCCCUUCCUCUCUGAUAUGAAUGAAAAUAUAUAUUUUUUAAAAAUUAACCAAAUAAGAAAUUCUAUUGCCAACUCACCUGUUAAAAAUGUAGAUAUCUUUGAAGUACUAUGUACCAUUUAUUAAGUUAAUUUUUUUAAAUAGGAAAGUGAUACAAAUUCAAUUAAUGCCUCUUAUUACACCUGGAACCUACCACAAUGCCUGACACACAGAGGGCAUUCAAUGACUAUUGAAUAAAGGGGUGAGGAGUGGGCAGCCGAGUGACUGUACAAGUAGAGAACUAGAAGGAACUUUCCAUGCAGAAAGAUGAAAAGAAGGACAGACACUAGAAGUGCAAGGUAGAGUGGGUCUAUAAGGGUGCUAGGUAGUGAAAGAGGUCCAUUUCCUCUGACCAGUCUGUAGGGUCUAAAAGCAGUGAUUAUGUUUUUGCAUCUCUACAUUUUGUAGAUGAGACUAAGAAUGUCAUAUCCACAAAAAAUAUACAGUUACUAAAGUGAUGGAUGUCCUCUUUCUCCUGUUAUUGCCUUCACCUUUUACUGCCAGAUUAAAAAUUGGAUAUAAGGUUGUGGACACCUUUAAUUUGUAAGACAGAAUGUUUCUAGAACACACCAGAGCGCUGUUGGAGGAGUCCUAUUUAUAACCUUCGCAGAUAUAAAGAAAAGACGAUAAAAAGAAAGUACAAAAAUGUGAGUAAAGGGUGGCUUAAAAAUAUUUCCUAGGUAAGAAGUUUGAACUAAGUUUCAGAUUCCUUGAAAUUUGAAAAUUUCCUAAUCACCAAGGAUUUUUAAGAGGGAGUUUGGGAUUAUCAAAAGCAAUAACUUGUAGCAAGAACAUCAGAACUUAUUCACCACACAAAUAACUAUAGGUGUUUCUACAUGUAGUUUUCUGAUAAGGUAGUUAAACUUAUAAAUGGAGUUUAUUACUUUUUUAGAUAAUCUAUUUUUCAAAAAGUUCUAAUCUUUGUAAUCAUUUCAGCCAGAAAACAGCGUCUGACUUUUUAAGUUAUCUUUUAUCUUUCUUUGCUUUUAAUGAAAUAAUAUUUAUUUAGUGUUAGAUUAUCUAUAUAUAUAUAAAAGCCUAAUAUGCAAAUUGUCCCCACAGGAGUUCGACCAGGAGACCGAUUGCUCACUAUAAUGUGCACUGACCACCAGGGGGUGGCACAGAACGAAGGAAGGCCCCAGCCGGCAGCUGGAAGGCCCUGAUUGGCCCUAAUCGCCUGCCAGGCCUACAGACCCUACCUGUGCACGAAUUUCAUGCACUGGGCCUCUAGUUUAUAAUAUUUGGAAGUAUGAAUUUAUUUUUAUUUAUUUUUGAUAUAUGCUGAUAUCCUGUAUCUUUCAUGUUCUCUAAAAUUCUUAGCCACUAGCCCUUCAAAGAUCGCUUUACUAUUCUGGGACUCUUGAUUGCAUAAUGAUGGACAUUUUUUUUUCUUAAUUUGAUUUUAUUGUUUAAAGUAUUACAAAUAGUAGUACAUAUGUCUCCUUUUUUUCCCCAUUGACCUUCCCCCGACCACCCCUACCCCCCCGGCACAUGCCCCCCCACCCCCACCCAGUGUCUUGCAUCCAUUGGUUAUGCUUAUAUGCAUGCAUACAAGCAUAUAAGCUUGUAUAUUUUCAGUUGAUCUCUUACCUCCCCCGCCCCCAACUCUCCCCAGCCUUCCUGCUGUAGUUUGACAGUCUCUUUCAUGCUUCUCUGCCUCUGUAUCUAUCUUUUUGUUCAUGAGGUUAUAAUGUUCUUUAUUAUCCAUAAAUGAGUGAGAUCAUGUGGUAUUUUUCUUUCACUGACUGGCUUAUUUCACUUAGCAUAAUGCUCUCCAGUUCAAUGUUGGACAUUCUAACUCUACCUUUCAUGUCCCUUAAUCUCUACUUCUUUUCAUUAUCUUGUUUAUCUGCUACAAUUUGGCUAAUUUCAUCAGUUCUUAUGUUCACUGAUUUGUUUUUCAGUGGUGUCUGAUCUGUUUAAAACACUAAGAAUGGUUUUAAUUUUAGUAUAUUUUUCAUUUGAUUCUUUUUCUACCUGUUUAUUCAUUAUAGUCUCAUUUAAAAAAACACACAAAACCUUAAGUAUUUUAUACUAGAGGCCCGAUGCACAAAUUCGUGCAUGGGUGGGGUCCCUCUGGGUGGCCUGCAGGGAUCCAGCCGAAACCCGCAGUCCAGCGCUGCCUGCAGCUCCUAUCUGUCACUCCUUCUUAUCCCAGCCCCACUGUGCCUGCCGCGAUCGAUCAGAAGAGGCUCACGCUGCUGUAGCAGCACUCACCAGCCAUGAGCCCUGCAUCUGGCGCCCUCCCAAGGGGAGUGGCCUGCAGGAUCGGGCUGAAACUGGCUCUCCGACAUCCCUUGAGGGGUCCUGGAUUGGGAGAGGGCACAGGCCAGGCUGACGGACUCCACCGGUGCACAAUCAACUGGGCCAGGGAUCAGGCCAGGGAGGGACUGCAGGAGGGCUCCAGGGUAUGUCCGGCCCAUCUCCCUCAGUCCUGAUCAGCCAGACCCCAACAGCAAGCUAACCUACCAGUCAGAGCAUCUGCCCCCUGGUGGUCAGUGCACGUCAUAGCAACUGGUAGACCAAUUGACUGCCCCCUGGUGGUCAGUGCACAUCAUAGGAAGUGGUAGAGCAGCCUUAGCAUAUCAUUAGCAUAUUACGCUUUGAUUGGUUCGAUUGUUCUGCCAUUUGGUCUAUUUGCAUAUUACCCUUUUAUUAUGUAGGAUUCUAUUUCUGAUUACUUCAAUACUAUUAAAUUUUUAUAAGUUUAAA